AUGACAGACACAGCUGCGGGCGGGUGCGGCGACAACCGCUUCGGCCCGUUCAUUUUGAUAUCAGAUUGUCGAGGGGGCUUCGACUUUACAAUCCUCUUCGAGUCGAGCAUCCUGAAUGUACUACCGGCUGCAUGCUUUCUAGUGCUGGCGCUGGCACGACUAUACUAUUUGUCGAAACAAUCGGUCAAGGUGUCGUCUUCGAUCUUUCAUCGAAUCACAUUGGGAACAUCAAUCGCAUAUGCAGCUAUUCAAGUCGCUCUUGUGGUGCUGGUCACCAAACAGCACCAGGGUGAAGCAGAGAGCGUCGUCUUGGUCGGUGUGAUCCUGGGUCUAGUGGCGGCACUGGGUAUGACUGCGUUGAUCGACCUGGAACAUUUCCGAUCCAUCAGACCGUCGUUCUUGGUCUUCGCGGACGAAGAGACGGUUCUUUCACUGCGAGACGUCCGCUUUGGUUGGAAGUCCUCGUCCAUAUCAGACACUCCGAGCAUCACGCUCGACUUUGUAUCUUCGGAUACUGGCACACUUGCCAUGCUCUUGGGGCCAAUUGGCUGCGUGAAAUUAACUUUCCUGAAAGGUCUCGCUGGCGAGGGGCCGGUAUUGGAAGGGGAGCUCUUCAUCACAUACCCCGACAUUACCUUCUGUGACGAGAAUGCAUGGCUGUCGAAUGCUUCCAUCAGAAGCAACAUCAUUGGCGAGGACGCUUUUGAAUUUGAUUCAAUCUUGUAUCGUACUGUGGUGAACGCAUGCGUACUCGAUCUGGAUUUGAAGGGGAUGGCUGCCGGGGAUGAGAGUGUCGUGGGUAGCAAAGGAUCUAAACUCAGUGGUGGCCAGCGACAAAGAAUUGCUAUCGCACGAGCCGUGUACGCUCGCAGACGCAUCGCUUGCUUCGAUGGUUUUUUCAGCGGCCUGGAUAAUGCGACUACCCGACCUGUAUUUGACAAUGUCUUUGGCUUCAACGUGCAUCACCUGUCCGAGGCCGACAAGAUUCUCAUGUUCGGGGGGAAUGGCGGGAUUGCCAAAAUAAGCCGAUUUGCUGACCUUCGGGACGAUUUGGGCCAAUUCACCUUGCAGCAUGAAGUUGAAGCUACGGAUGAUCACGAGACACAGGCAACUGAUGAGAAAUUUUUGCCGAUCGGCGAGAAACCAGUCAGUAAUGCCGUAGUUAAUUCCAGUCUGCAGACCACAGAUAGGGCUGUCUACAAGUACUACUUCUCUGCGUUAGGCUGGCUACAAGUUUCUGUGCUGCUGUUCUUCCUCGUCACGAAUGCUGGCGUCAACGCCUUUCGCUAUGUGUGGGUUGAUAUUUGGGCAUCCAGCCGCAAUAACACGUCCAACUCACAGGUUGGGUACUGGCUUGGGCUGUAUGGGCUGUUCUCCGUUGUGGAAUUAGCAUCCCUCAUGGCCGCGGUGUUCAAACCUUAUUCUUUCCUUUGGAACAUAGAUACUGGAGCUUUGGUGGCCCGGUUCAGCCAGGACAUGAGGCUUGUGGAUAUGGUCUUGCCUAGUGGGUUUAUAUCAACAAGAUUCCCCGGAAUCACCACGAUCCGCGCAUUCUCCUGGCGCGAUACUACCUCCAUCCGAAUGAUUUCUAUGCUCGACACCGCCCAGCGACCCUACUAUCUCUUGCUCUGCAUCCAACGUUGGCUCAGCCUCGUGCUCAACCAAAUAGCAGCCGUCAUUGCAGUGCUUCUUGUAGGAACAGCAAUUUCUCUCCGCACCCGCGUGCAGCCAGGUCUUUUGGGUAUUGCACUUGUGAUGAUGACAGACCUUGGACGAGUCCUCUCAUCCCUGGUGCAGAAUGACACUCUUCUUGAAACUUCGCUCGGAUCAAUUUCCCGUAUCAAGGAGUUUGCUGAGACUACGCCGAAUGAGGAGAAUGAGCUGCUGGCUUGA